AUGACCGGCAACGACCAAGAUGUCUUUCGCAAAGUCGGUCGCGGCGGCGCAGGCAACUUCUACAAUGUAAAGGACGACAAAGCGGCUGCUGCUGCCGCCGCCGCAGACAAGGAUCUGGAACGUCAAGACCCCGGCGUCGUCACUGCAGUAGACUCCACAGCAGGACAACCAAUUCGCGCUGGUCGCGGCGGGGCAGGAAACUACAUGGAGGCAUCUCAACUUCCCGACGCAGAGGACAAGAAUCGCAUAUCAAAGGAGGUUGCAGCGGCUAUGACGUCGAGUCUGAAGAAGCACCCGCACAAUGCGAUGGGUGGGCGAGGUGGCGCAGGGAAUUGGGCGGGCGACGAGCGGGAGAGGCGUGAUGAGGAGGAGGGGAAGAGUAGGGCUGAGGAAUUGGAGAGGAAGGUUAAGGAGGCGGUUGAUAAGGGGUUGAAGAUGCCGGAAAGGGUUCAUCACGGACGGGAGAAGGAGGUUAGGUGA